UGUGGGAUCCCUGAUGUACAGGAAGACAGGACUUCAGUGAGGAACAUUUCCCUCAAUCAGGAAAGGAACGUGGCUUCUCCCUUUGUGAAUUCGCUGAUGUCUGUAAAGAUCGGACUUCUGCAAAAAACAUUUCCGCACUCAGAACAGGAAUAUGGCUUUUCCCCUGACAGGAAUACGGCUUCUGCCCCGUGUGCAAUCUCUGAUGUAUGUAAAGAUGGAAAUCUGCAAAAAAACAUUUCUCGCACUCAGAACAGGAAUAUGGCUUUUCCCCAGUGUGAGAUCUCUGAUGUAUGUAAAGAUGGGACUUCUCUGAAAAACAUUUCCCACACUGAGGACAAGAAUGUGGCUUGUCCCCAGUAUGCAAUUUCUUAUGUCUGUAAAGAUUAGACUUAUCUGAAAAAACAUUUCCCGCACUCAGAACAGUAAUAUGGCUUCUCCCCCGUAUGAGAUCUCUGAUGUAAUUGAAAGUUGGACUUUUGUGAAAAACAUUUCCCACUCAGGACAGGGAUACGGCUUCUCCCCCGUAUGAGACCUUUUAUGCACAUUAAGAUGGGAUUUAAAACUGAAACCCUUCCCACACUCAGUACAGGAGAAGCUCUUCCCUGUUGGAUGGCUGGUCUUG